AUGCACUCACACGUCUCACACCGAUACAGGCUCACAAUCGCUCGGCUUAUUUUCCAUACCUACGUGCUGCUGGGGGAACAGAGGCUACAGUACACAUUAGAGAGCUCACUCAUGCAUGCAUACAUCACUAGCCAGUCACAAGGCCACCUACACUACAUCACUAGCCAGUCACAAGGCCACCUACAGUACAUCACUAGCCAGUCACAAGGCCACCUACAGUAUAUCACUAGCCAGUCACAAGGCCACCUACAGUACAUCACUAGCCAGUCACAAGGCCACCUACAGUACAUCACUAGCCAGUCACAAGGCCACCUACAGUACAUCACUAGCCAGUCACAAGGCCACCUACAGUACAUCACUAGCCAGUCACAAGGCCACCUACAGUACAUCACUAGCCAGUCACAAGGCCACCUACAGUACAUCACUAGCCAGUCACAAGGCCACCUACAGUACAUCACUAGCCAGUCACAAGGCCACCUACAGUACAUCACUAGCCAGUCACAAGGCCACCUACACUACAUCACUAGCCAGUCACAAGGCCACCUACAGUACAUCACUAGCCAGUCACAAGGCCACCUACAGUACAUCACUAGCCAGUCACAAGGCCACCUACAGUACAUCACUAGCCAGUCACAAGGCCACCUACACUACAUCACUAGCCAGUCACAAGGCCACCUACACUACAUCACUAGCCAGUCACAAGGCCACCUACAGUACAUCACUAGCCAGUCACAAGGCCACCUACAGUACAUCACUAGCCAGUCACAAGGCCACCUACACUACAUCACUAGCCAGUCACAAGGCCACCUACAGUACAUCACUAGCCAGUCACAAGGCCACCUACAGUACAUCACUAGCCAGUCACAAGGCCACCUACAGUACAUCACUAGCCAGUCACAAGGCCACCUACAGUACAUCACUAGCCAGUCACAAGGCCACCUACAGUACAUCACUAGCCAGUCACAAGGCCACCUACACCAGUCACAAGGCCACCUACAGUACAUCACUAGCCAGUCACAAGGCCACCUACAGUACAUCACUAGCCAGUCACAAGGCCACCUACAGUACAUCACUAGCCAGUCACAAGGCCACCUACACUACAUCACUAGCCAGUCACAAGGCCACCUACACUACAUCACUAGCCAGUCACAAGGCCACCUACAGUACAUCACUAGCCAGUCACAAGGCCACCUACAGUACAUCACUUCCUACAGUGUGUGCAAAAGUGGGAGUCCUGUGUGUGACGUUCGUGAUGGUUGUGUCCAGAGGAGGAGGAGCCCAUCCACUCUCGAGGCUCCAGACCAUUAUUUUUCCCUGUUCGCACACCUGCUCCGACCACCAGGACGAGGAGUUGUUAAUUCUGAUCCGCCGGAGAGGGCCUAG